UCAGUCUCGCGCAAAACACUCCAGGCAUCAAUACCAUUGCUUGUACUUUGCAACCCACACAUUUCCUCCACAUUCUUUUUCGACCAUCACAGGUAAAAGUCACCCGCACGAGGCAGUAUUUGAUAUUGCUGUGGAACCCAAGUAGCCCUUACAAAAAUGGAGGACGAAACUCCAGAACAGCGCGCUCUGCGGAAGAAGUUGGAGGACUAUCGCCAGAAGAAAGAAGAAGAGCGGAAAAACACGAAAAAGGGUACCGCGAAACCAUUUGUCGUUGCUCCAAGUAAGGAUGUUCUCCACGCUCCCAUUAAUACCUCUACAAAUGAGAGAACACGGGCAGCAUCCAAGCCCCGGUUCAGCGCAUUUGGAUCCACGAUUCCAAGAAAACCGGCAGCACCGUCAGCAAAGGCCGCAGUGCCCAAAACAAAAUCAGUCGCAAGGGUGGCAUCAUCGAACUCUCUGGGAACGGCAAAAGCGACUGGUGCCGUUGGAAACGGGAAGCCGGCGUUGCAAAAUCUGAAGGCAACCAGCCCAUCCACGACCGUCAGGCGAAAUGCACCUCCAUCAAAAUCCGUUCCUCCACCUCCUGUAAGCAGAAAGCCCACCAUCUCAAAAGCAGCACCUCCACGAAAAUCAACAAUCCCAAGUGCUACGAAUUCAACGGCUCCCACUCGCCCGCAGAAAUCAAGCGCAUCAGUGUCAAAGAUCGUCACGCGUGCUGCUUCAAAAAAUACGCAGGCUCCAAUCGUAUCCGGCUCCGUACCAGCUCGUGAGCCUCCAUUAACAAAGACUGGAUUCAACAAAGGACGUGUUGAGGGCCAGCUUGAGGGAUCAACUCAGCCUCGGCACUUGGCUGGAGCUAAUGAGAUAGAAGACAAUACUGCUGCGCUCCAGCAUAAUGAGGAACGUAACUUGGGAGCCUUGGUCCGGGAAGCGACCCUUGCCUGCCUCCACCAAACACCUCCCAGGAAGGCUGCCGUUUCAUCUAUAGGUAUACAGACUUCACCCGCCCUGAUGGAAAGACUGGUCGAACAAUUUCUCCGAGACCAUCAAGAAGCCAGGGGUCUCGUUGAACCAACCAGCCGAUCUACUACAUUGAUCGGCUCUACGGAACCCAAAGGCCCAUCAUACCCAGCUCUGUCAGAGUUUGAGGCCACCCAUCUCCAUAGUACCUAUUUCAACACAAAAGGAGAUGUUACUGAAGACACAGACCCGAAUACAAGCUUGUAUCCUGAUAUACCAGACUUCGAACCCAUGGAGUUCGAUACCCCCAAGGCGGUAGACCGGGAGGGGAAAAUACGAUCGGCUCUUCUUGAUAUCAAAACCGAUGCCGAGUUUUACAAGGAACACAUAAAGAGCUCCCCCUUUCAUUUCUUCUUAAGCCCUAUUAUUUUGCGAGUCGUCAACGUUGACCAAGGAUAUGUGGUUGCGGAAAAGAACGUGGACGUACCUCUUGUUGACUGUUUUACGUGGCUGGAUGCCUUUAUCGCAUAUCAGAAUUUCGGCCCAUCCAUUGGACAAGCUCUUUUCCAGCUUGUUGCCAUUUCUGCAUUUAGGUCGCGCAAACACGAUACCGAUGCAAAGGUGGUACGAAGGGUACAAUUUGCCAGUGAAGGGCGACCUCGAUUUAUACGGCAACCGCCAUACUUACGAAAAGAAUUUUGGAUGAACUGGAUGUGGUUUGAGUGGAAACAUGGCUUCUUUGAGAAUUCGCUGAAUAUUUUAUAUUUUGGGUGCGGGAUGUUUGAUAAUGAAGAGACGAAAGCAGAAUUGCAAGCAUACUGGCAGCGUUGUGCAGAACGUCAUAAUGAGGAACUUCAAAACGGCGAAAACCGCGAGGCAGAAUACAGUCCUCCACCACCUGCAAUGCAUAUUCUUGAGCCAGGUCAGAGCCCGCCCUUGCCAUCCUGGACUAGUGAAGGAGGUCGCAAUUCACAGCUCGACAUGACCGUUACCCCGUCCCCACCACGAUCAGCCUACCUUGAAGGCAGGAUUCGGCGUCCAUUCGCUGAUACGCCAGUCUUCCCUGAAACACCCUUGGAAAAAAUCGGUAUUCGAGCACUGAACAAUGAUGUGACUCCAACUCCAAGAAAUCUUGGAUCCCUGCUGAGGUCUGGACGUCAAAGAGUGGGAUCCACACCCUAUCCGAGAAAAUCAGAUGUGUAUGGCGAAAUUAUCGGAAUGCUCGGUGCCAUGCAGCUGAACGAUGAUGGACAGGCACACGAGGAUGCCAUGGAGGAUGUAGUGACCUCGGAAAAUAAAGAGAAUGAGGUGAAAAGUGCCGUUGGGACACCUAGAGCAAAGAAGGAAGGAAAAAAGCGUGUUGGCGUAAGGUUUGGACCUGAGGUAAUGGAGGGCUCCACCGUGACACUAUUGACUCCAGUUAGGGCCAAGAAGAAAGAUAGAGAAGCGCUUGGUGUGGAUGCUGUGCUUACGCCUGUUCGGCGGUCAAUGCGCAAUUACAAUGAGGAUGAUUAUGUUAUUACCAAGACACCAGCCGAAGACGACGUGAAAACUGAGUUGCGGGAAUGGGAAAAGAGCACGCAAAUGCAGGAUAGAAGGAACACUGACUCGUCUACACUGACUGAGGAUAAAAUUGCCCGUCUUUUGCAGGAACAUGGCUAUGCAUUUGUGCCGAAUAAGGCUCUGAAUGUCCAGACACCCACAGCUGGGCGACGAAUGGCCAAUGCAAUGAGUGCAAAAAAAUAGAAACUGCAUGAAAGGGCGGUUAGUGUGAAAGAAAUACUGAAUAGUGAGAGAACCUUUUGCUCAGAUUUCGUGGUCGAAUGGGCGGAAAAGAAAUAUGCAAGCUCAGAGAGUUGCCUGUACAUUACAUACCUACAGCUUUUAAUUCUGAGCGGAUUCCUCGCGCAUGGGUUCCUGUACUAGAAGGCGGAACGCACAUUUUUGUUAAAACUCGGGGUAUUCUUCACACGUUGGGACGGUCACCACCAAUAUGAAUAUGCAGAUAGACUCCAAAAAAAGGACGGGUGAUAUAGUGUGCUCCUCUCAAUGAAAUGAUGUCACUCGCUUACGAUGG